UCCCUACCUCCCCCCUCUACUCUCAACUCUCAAGACUUAUGGAGUUAAGCUAGUUAAACGUGUAAUAGGUGCUGAUUCAGCGAUGUCUUUCUUCACCCCUUAAAAAUAAUACUCCCUCCGUUAAAAACAUUCAACCAUCUUAUUAAUCUGUGAUCCAUCACUUCACUAAACGUACAGGUACAGUAUCACCAACUCCAUCAGUUGGCUGCGCCAUUUCUUUAAUCCACCGACAAUCCCCAAUUUCGAAUCUUCCAACUAAUUUUAACCGAACCCCAAUUCUAAACCCCACAAAAUUCCCAAAUCCCUAAUUUCCAUUUUCCCGAUGAAAUCAACCCUAAUUUCAAUGUGAUUCUAAAGUCAAAAUGGUUUCAUCUUCAUCAGAAAUCGAAGUUGUUUCAGAUUCAAUCUCAUCAAAUCACAUCAAUCAACAACAACAACAACAACAAGUGAUUGUUAUCACUGAUGUUUUUACUGCUUCAGUUCAUGGCGAUUUGAUUAAACUUCGUAAAUUCGUCGAAGAAGAUGGCGCUUCUCUUUCUCUUCCCGACGCUAAUGGUUACUACGCUUUGCAAUGGGCUGGUCUUAACAAUUUCCCCAAUAUUGUUCAAUAUAUUAUUGAGCAUGGUGGAGAUGUGAAUGCCACCGACCUCAGUCAACAGACAGCAUUGCAUUGGGCUGCUGUUAGAGGCUCUAUUGUGGUCGCAGACCUGUUGUUGCAGAAUGGGGCACGCGUUGAGGCUUCGGAUGCUAAUGGGUAUAGGGCAGUUCAUGUUGCUGCUCAAUACGGACAAACAGCCUUCUUGAAUCACAUUAUUGCAAAAUAUAAUGCUGAUUUUGAUGCACCAGAUAAUGAUGGAAGGAGCCCACUGCAUUGGGCUGCUUACAAGGGAUUUGCAGAUACAAUCAGAUUACUUCUGUUCAGAGAUGCCAACCAAGGGAGGCAAGAUAAAGAAGGUUGCACUCCUUUGCAUUGGGCUGUUUUAAGGGGACAUGUUGAGGCAUGCAGCAUACUCGUGCAUGCUGGCACAAAAGAAGAAUUGUUGGUGAAAGAUAAAGCUGGAUUUACCCCUAUCGAGCUAGCAUAUGAUAAAGGUCAUCGGCAUGUCGCCCUUUUGCUUUCUAAACUUCAGCGGGCUCAUAAUAAGAGUCUAAAAAGCACAUUUUUUACUGGGAAGAUUGUUGGAGCUGGCUAUGCUCCGUUCUUGUUUUGCACCAUCUUCUGUUGCAUGAUCCUUUUCAUUAAUUCAGUUCUCUUAGCUCCAAGUCUUGCAAAGGUUACUGCUGCUGUUGCACUCUGGGGAUGGACCGCUGUAACUCUAUGUAUUAUUGCAUUGCUAAUGUUUUAUCGUUGUAGCAGUAAAGAUCCAGGAUACGUCAAAAGAUCUGAUAAUUCUGGUGAUCUUAGUAAAGCACAGGAUCCUUUAUUGAAUCUUGAUAUGAUAGACUCCUCUGUUUGGACCGGAAAUUGGUCUCAGCUUUGUCCAACAUGCAAGAUUAUUAGACCACCCCGUUCAAAGCACUGCCCUACAUGUAAACACUGUAUUGAACAAUUUGAUCAUCAUUGCCCUUGGAUUUCCAAUUGCGUGGGGAAGAGGAACAAAUGGGAUUUCUUUGUUUUUCUGUGUCUUGGAACAGCAACAUCGUCUAUUAGCGGAGUGAUAGCUAUUUUAAGAAUUUGGACUGCUGUACCCGCAAUUCCAACUAGUGAAACAUGGACGCACUAUGUGAUAACUCAUUAUUACGGAGUUACGGUCUUCUUGGUGAUAAAUUUCUUAAUAUUCGUCUCUGCAACAACUCUGGCCGUUGCACAAACAAGCCAGAUAGCUCGGAAUAUCACUACAAACGAAUUGGCAAAUGCCUCUCGCUACUCAUAUCUUCGCGGUCCGAAUGGCAAGUUUCGUAAUCCUUACAACCACGGAUGCAAAAAGAACUGUGGUGAUUUUCUUAUCCAGGGCUACACAGACGAUAAUGAGGUCCCGUGGCUUCCCUUACAUGCAGUUGCCCGGUAAAACAAUUCACUGUAUCAUAUAAAGAGCUCUUGCUGGUUCACCAAGCACUCACCAUUCAUGCGUGCACAACAUACUUCUAUACACUUGCAAGAUGUCGCCGCAUAUUCAAAUCCUGUAAACUUUCUCAUGAUUCAUUCAAUUGCCUUUUUUUUAACAAUUGGUCCAGUGUACAGUUGAUAUUUAUUUUCCUGUCAUAUAAGGGAAGAGAAUAUGAGAUGCCAUGAAAUUCGAUUCUGCUACCUUUUUUUUUCCCUUUUAGUUUUGUGGGGGAGAAGAUUGUAACCUGUAAACUGUAAAGCAAGCUAAAAGAAAGUGAUUUUUGACGUUUUUGCAAUGAUGCUGGUUGACUAUGUUUACAUAAA